AUGCAAAGCGAGGAAUUCCUCAAUGCUGAUGUCACCAAAUGGGUUGAGAAAUUUAGACGGGACCACGAUGGAGACGAUUCUGCACUACUGACACUGGUUCCGCCUGGUCUUUAUGUGACACUCAACAAAUACGUUUUCCCGUUUCAAUUCUGUUUUGGAGUCAUCGGAAAUGUACUCAAUUUGUGUGUGCUGCUCAGUAGAAAUAUGAGAAAUGAGGCAAACAUUCUUCUCUCGGCAAUGGCUAUCUGUGACAUUAUCCUUUUAUUCACAAUGUUACCUGGAUCUCUUGGUGUUUGGUACCCAGUUUAUAUGUCGGAUUGGUUCAGAACGUUCAUCUUCAAAUCUGCCACCUGGACAAUAUUCCUUGCCAACUUCUGCUCUUGCAUCACAAGUUGGCUUAUCUUAGGAGUUUCUGUUGAGAGAUACAUGGGAAUCAGAUCGCCAAUCCAUUUUCGUUAUCAUUGGCGCACUUCUCGGGUUUUCUUUCUCAUUUUCUCAAUUGUACUUGGCUCAUUUUUCCUCACUUUCUUCCACACAAUCGAGUAUAAAUACGGAUAUGCAAUGAUUCGAAAUGGUACCAAGUUGUAUGGAUCACCGGUAAACGUUGACAAUUUGGUCGACGUUCCAACAUGGGUCAAGAAGAUGAUCAACAUCUUCAAAGUACUUCAAGUCGUCUUUGGAGUCGUCAUCCCAACAAUCGGAAUCUUUAUCUUCAAUAUGCUCAUUGUCUACAUGCUUCGCAAGUCUGAAUACUUCAAUUUCCGUUCAGCCGAGACCAAGGAUGAGCAAUCAAAUCGCAAAUAUUCGGACCUCGAGAUUCGCCAAAAGAGAGAUAUUAAAGUCACCUUCACCGUUUUGGCCAUUAUUUGCUGCUACUUUGUCACCCACAUUCCGUCGGUCCUUCCAUUCGUUCUCGAACUCUUCAAUCUUCAUCCAGAUUGGGUCAAGGUCUAUGCGAUUCCAAUGGCUAGCUCCUGGUUAAUUACUGGAAAGGUUGCCAACUUUGUUCUCUUCUGCAUGUCAUCUGUCUACUUCCGUCGUCGUCUCAAAGAGAUGAUUCGUGGACGAUUCGACGUGUGCUGCGGCGCAAAAAAGAAAUUCAGUGGUGUCUCUAGUGCGCAAUCAAUUAAAAGUCAAGCUUACCGGCUUACAAGAUUCCGUGAUCGCGAUGACAUCCAGAGACAGAGCAGCUGUUUGACUCAAGUCGAGUGA